AUUCCCGGGAAGUCGCGAAGAAGUACGCUGUGACGCCCUAAUUGUUUACGUCGUUUCAAAAGCACACGGCAUGCGGGUAGUCACGAAUGUAUCACGGAGGUUGAUCAGUCAACGUUUGCAGGUUGAUUGAAACAGUUGUGUUAGCAGCUACCAGUGCGCUGCGUCUCCAUGUCGUGGCUAACGCCAUCGCAGGUCCGAGUCGGUGCUUGAUCUUGACCGACCGCGACAUAGCGCCCGCGGCCGUGUCCUGUCGUAGGGAUCGGCAUCCUAGGAGUAUGACAAUCCACUGGGCCCGAAUUCAAUGCGACGGAGCGCAGAGUGGGACUCAUCAAAUGCUGAAAGUGGGGCAUCGCUGUCGUAUAUAAGCUGCCAAGCAGCGACGAGGAACCUUGACAGGAUCGAUUGCACCCCUCCACUCACAACAUGUCUCAGACUAACUACCCUACUCGUCGCCUCGGACGCAACGGCCCUUUUGUCAGUACGAUAGGCUUUGGGGCAAUGGGUCUUGGUGCUUUCUACGGAUCCGGUAUUCCUGACGAACAAGCCCUCCCAUUGCUCCAGUAUGCCGCGGACCGUGGGGUGACAUUAUGGGACACGGCGAACAUCUACGGAGCGAGUGAGAAAGUGAUUGGCGACUGGUUCACUCAGACAGGCAGGCGCUCCGAAAUAUUCCUCGCGACGAAGUUCAGUCGUAGAGACCCUGAUAUACCUGCUGGUACCUCCGGCUACAUUCGGGACCAGGUGGAGAAGUCGCUGCGCGAACUCAAGACGGACUACAUCGAUCUUCUCUAUCAGCAUCGCGUUGAUGGUGCACUCCCGAUCGAAGUGGUGCUCGAGACGCUCCGUCCGUAUGUUGAGAGCGGAAAGGUCAAGUACCUUGGGUUGAGUGAAUGCAGCGCGGACCAUCUACGACGCGCGAGGGCCGUCCCGGGGAUUGGAGAGAAGGUCAUCGCUUGUCAAAUGGAGUACAGUCCCUUCGAAUUGGAGAUCGAAACAAGCGGAGUGCUCGACACGGCACGAGAGCUGGGAGUGGGGAUCGUCGCCUACUCACCUCUGGGGCGCGGGAUGAUUACCGGCAGGUACAAGUCGCGGAACGACUUUCCCAAGGACGACAUUCGCUUCCAGUGGCUCCCCCGUUGGUCAGACGAGAACUUCCCCAAGAACUUGGCGCUGCUUGACAAGUUCCGCGCCGUCGCGGCCAAGUACGGCGUCACGACCGGACAGACUGCUCUUGCUUGGAUCCUUGCAGAGCAUCCUGACAUCUUCCCGAUCCCGGGAUCGCGCAACAUCGGACGGCUCGAGGAGAAUGCUAAGUCAGUCGAGAUCACGCUUGCUGCGGAAGACGUGAAGGAGCUGCGAGCUGCUGUCCUCGCGGCUGAUGUAGUGGGAUCGCGGUACCCGGAGGACCACCUGAAGACGCUGUCAUUUGACAGUAUCCCCUUGACCGAGUGGAAGGGCGAGUAGAUCCGGUCAAA